GUUCGACGCUCCAGCACCAUCCAUUUUCAGAGCUGACAAAAUCGGCAGAUGCCGAUUUCCAUGGCCGCCGUCCUGCUGUCUAUAUUAACCAACUCCUUUUGCAGUAUCUCAAGAGCGUGAACGAUAGGCACGUUAACCGGACGUUUAGUUCAACCCAACGCGCCAGUUGUGUUUACCAAAAAUGGCCCACUUGGCACUCGCCCAUUGAGCGUCCGAAUCCUGUAAAGCGAGUAGGACAUCUCACCCGGCUGAGCUUGUUUCGAACCCAGUACCUCUAA